AUGAGGCAGCUGGGGAAGAGGCGUGCAAGUCUCUCUGCCAAUCUGAAGAUCGGGGAUCGCCGGGGCUGCUGCCGGACAGCAGAGGAAGAGGAGGUCUACAUCCCGUUUGCACAGGACAGCCUGAUAAAGCAAUGGAGCUCCAUGCAGAACAUGACAGACAGAAACCAGGAGAAAAGCAGAAUUCCUAUCCAAAGGAACAGGUACUUCCUCAACAUUAAUGUGGGAGGUAAAUCAUUCCAGAUAGCUUACAAGGCAGCUGCCCGGUAUCCCAUCACCAGGAUUGGGAAGCUAGCCAUUUAUACAGACCCUAUGAAGAAGAUGCAGCUCUGUGAUGACUACUCAGUGCAGAGGAAUGAGUACUUCUUUGACAGAGAUCCUUCAAUUUUCCACUACGUCUUCCACUUCUACCGCAGCGGUGUCCUGUGGAUAAUGGAGGAGAUGUGCCCCAGUCACUUUGUGGAGGAAAUUGAGUACUGGGGAAUCCAUCUGAAAUAUUCCCAGCGCUGCUGCCGGAUCCUGUUUGAGGAAAAGCAAGAUGAACUCAGUGAGUACCUGAAAAUACAGAAGGAGCUGGAGGCAGAACUGGAGCCCCUGGACUCAGCAGAGCACUUUGAAGGCAAAUGUCUGGGGACGUUUCGGAAGAUGAUUUGGAACCUCAUUGAGAACCCUUACUCUUCUGUCCCAGCCAAGAUCAUCGCUGUCAUGUCAAGCUUCUUUGUGCUUAUCUCCAUCGUGGGCAUGACUUUGAGCACGGUGGAGGAGAUGAAGCACAAGACAGGGAAGAAGUGGAUGGAGCAGCUGGAGAUGACCUGUGCCAUCUUCUUCACUUCCGAGUAUCUCAUGCGGCUUAUAUCUUCCUCCAGCUUCCAGAAGUUUUUGCGGGCAGCAUUUAAUGCUGUAGACCUAGUGGCCAUCCUGCCUUUCUAUAUCCAAAUUCUCUUUGAAAAUCUGGACGAAGCGGACACCCUUUACCAUGAGGAACUGCACAAGAUGGAGAAUGUGAGCAAGCUGGGAAAAGUUCUCAAGCUCAUCAAGCUCAUGAGGAUCUUCCGCAUCCUCAAGCUGGCACGCCACUCUACUGGCCUCCGGGCCUUUGGCUUCACCAUGCGCCAGUGUUACCAGCAGGUUUGCUGCCUCCUCCUCUUCAUCGCCAUGGGGGUCUUCACCUUCUCCGCUCUCAUGCACUCUGUGGAACAUGACGUCCCAGGCACCAACUUCACCAGCAUCCCUUACGCAUGGUGGUGGGCAGCGGUCAGCCUCUCCACUGUGGGCUAUGGAGAUACUGUGCCUGACACGGUGCUCGGCAGGAUUGUGGCUUUUGGCUGCAUCUCCUUUGGCAUCAUCCUGAAUGGCAUGCCCAUUUCCAUCCUCUACAACAAGUUCUCCGAUUACUAUGCCAAGCUGAAGGCCCAUGAGAACGAGACCAGCCUCUCGCUCAAGCUCUCCAGGAGGAUCCGCUUCAAGGAGCGAGCCCUGCGGAAGCUGUCGGAGUGCUGCAGAGCCGACCCCCGCUGCCACCACUGACCCUUUGCCCCCAGACAACCCCUCCACCCCAGCUUGUCUCCCACCAUGACAUAUCCUGCCCUGUGCCCUGGCCAUCCCUCCCUGCAGCUGCUCUUUUAGGUCCUGUCCCCUGGGAAGGCUUCGCGACAUGGGGAGUGACCGUGACCAGCAAGUCAUGGCAGCAUCUGCGGGGAGGUGCCAUUGCAGAGGUACCCGUGCCUGCUCACACUCUUUGGAGGGAUGAAGCAUGGCCAUGACUGUCUUUGUCCUGUGACCUUCUUCAAUAUUGUAGGCUGGAUGCUGCUGUCCUGGGGAGCAAUGAAUAAAGGAGCAGCUAAAGGGAGUGCUGUACGGACAUGGCAGGAUAUCUGUCCAUCAUGGUCAAGGGGCAGACCAGCUAGGGGAUGGGACACCCCAAGGACUCAGGAUGCGAGCAGGUGCAAUGCAUCGAGCUAGACUUUCACUGUGUGGAGGAUGGUGGAAGUCUAUACAUGUGAUGAGAUAAAACCUGGUAGGAUAUCUGCCCAGGCUCUGCUCUGCUCCUGGUUUGAGCAGGACACACAAGGACUCUCCCUGCUCCAGCCUGCCAGACAGCAGCCUGAGAUCAGUGGUCAUCUACUAGCCAAGCAGAUAGUUCAGCCCAGGCUGAGCCCAGCGUGGAGACCUGAGUGAAGACUCAGCAGUCUAGGAGGAGCCUGGCUGUGGUGUUCAUGGGGCUGAGGUGGCUCUUGUCUGGGACAUGCUCCCCUCUGCAGAAUCCAGGAUUUCCUUCAGUGUCACUAGGUGUCCUGCCAAGGGGGAGCUCUGAUCCCCUGUAAGGGCUCAGCUCUGAGUGCAGAGGAGGGACAUGACUGACUUCAUGGGAAGAAGGGGGAAGGCUCCAAACCUUCCUCUGGAGCUGCUGCCUGCCUCCCAGAGCAAGCUGUGGUAGGAUCAGAGGGGUUAUCAGUGGUCAGGAGACCAAACCUGCCUUGCUGCAGAGCUGCCUGAAGCUGCUGGGGCAGCUGCGAGGCCUCUCUGCUGGGAGAGACACCCUUGGGACAUGGGCAUUCUGCAGCUCACCUCAGUCAAAUGUCACCCAUGCGCUCGCUGAGGGAUGCAGCUGUGGGACUGUAUCUUCAGGCCUAGCUGUGCACAGAGUAUAAAAAGAUCACAGUUGUCCAGCCAAACCUGCUUUCCUUCCAGCUGCCCUCAGCCUGCGAAGCUCAGGGCCUGGGAGCACACUCCUCGUGUGGUGCCAGGGUGGGCUGCUGCUGGAGCCACUGUGGUGGUGGAAGUGACGGGCACUGGUUGUGCUGAGGGUGUUGGCUCAGCCCCUGGUUGGCUGUGCUGGGACCGGGUUGCCUGAGUAUUAACUAAACCAGGCCAAAACAGUCAUUAACUAAACCAGGCCAAAACAGUUCAUCAUCUUGGGUUAUUGGGUAGCCACUUCGUAUAAAACUACUUGUAAUUGGGGAUGAACAGCAAGUUAAAUUUCAUGCACCAAAAUAUAGCCGCUUUUCAGCACGUCCUGCAUGCCAGUAUGUCUGAGGAGGUGGUUUGCUGUUUCCCUGAAGUAUGUCGCAAAUAUACAGCUGUACAGUAACAGCUUUGUGCUGCUUAGCGAGCACGGGCUGCAGC